CUGGCGUGUGAGAAAGGCUCUGAGACUCGCUUCUUUCUUGACCGCUUCUUUGGAGGGUUCGGAAUAUCGGGGUGGCCAACCUAGUUUCUUAGGAGACCAGGCGCAAAAGUAAGGAGGUAGGAGGGCGAGCUCGAUCAUUUCCGUUUCCGGUGGGCAAAGGACAAGCGGAAUGUAAACACGGGACCCGGGGAGUGGUUAUCAGGUAACUGGGUUACCCGGUCCGUGGUGGAAGCCGGAGGAAGAGAAGAGAACGAGGCGAGUGGGUCUGUGGUCACGGGAGAAAGGAGCUUCAGAAGUGGGAGUUGAUCUCCACCGGGACGUGGCAGAGCCGGGACACUAAGAAUGGCUUCCUUUGGAUGGAAGAGGAAAAUUGGCGAGAAGGUCUCCAAGGCCACUUCCCAGCAGUUUGAAGCUGAAGCUGCUGAUGAGAAGGAUGUAGCUGAGAAUGAUGAAGGAACCUGGCUACAUGCUAUUAAACGUAGGAAAGAAAUUCUCCUUGAAGGCUGUGCUGAGAAAAGUAAACAACUGAAGGAUGAAGGAGCCACUUUGGCUGAAAAUAAAAGAUACCGAGAGGCGAUUCAGAAAUGGGAUGAAGCGCUACAGUUCACCCCAAAUGAUGCUACCCUGUACGAGAUGAAGUCACAGGUCCUGAUGUCUCUUCACGAAAUGUUCCCAGCAGUCCAUGCAGCAGAAAUGGCUGUCCAGAGAAAUCCACACUCAUGGGAGUCUUGGCAGACUUUGGGACGAGCUCAGCUUGGAUUAGGAGAGAUAGUCUUGGCAAUUCGGAGUUUUCAGGUAGCCCUUCACAUCUACCCAAUGAACCCUGAAAUAUGGAAAGAAGACCUUUCUUGGGCAAGAACGCUCCAGGAGCAGCAGAAGGUAGCACAGAGGAUUAAAAAAAGUGAAGCACCAGUGGAAGUAACCCAUUUCUCACCAAAGUCAAUUCCUGACUAUGACUUUGAAAGUGAUGAGAUUGUUGCUGUUUGUGCAGCUAUUGCUGAAAAACAGAAGACCAUCUCAGCAAAUAAAACAAUGGUGAUUGUGUCGGCCUCUGGGACUGUAGAGACGGUAACUGAGAAGGAAGAUGGUGCUGCCCCACCAGAUGGCUCUGUUUUUAUCAAAGCCCGAUGAAGCAUAGCAGGAAUUCUUUGAAUCUGUCUUUUUGAUUGCCACUUAAAGUUGUGAGCAUAGGGACAUUUACUCUGGAGAAAUAGGGGAAAACUCCUGUUUGUAAAAUAAGUUUUUCAGAUGAAGCGUAUAAAAAUAAAUGGUAGAAGUAUUGUAUAGUGUUUGGACUAUGCAUUGAUAAGUUAUGAUUUAAACUUCUUAAGAUUAGAAUUCUGAGUCUAGUGGUUUUUGAUUAAUAAACUUAAUUUAAUCCAAAUAUAUAAGUGAGUACAUUUUAAAGACACAACUUGAAAGUGGAUUCUCGAACAGUGAAUAGCUUGAUGGCCAGUGUUAUAUUAAAAUGUUGACUUGUUGACUUUUGUUUUAUGAUAAAGGAAGUGGGUGAUUUCUUUUCCUUUUAGAAAUAUACUGCUGUCACUAUUCACUCUUCUAUUUUUCUUGUUUCAUUAGAGUAAGUUUGUCACAAAGCUUGAAUAUUUUUGAAAGUCAUUUUGAUUCAAAGUUGUCAUUUGGUUACAAGUGGAAUCUUUGAAAGUUCGGCUGAAAAUGCAUGCAAAUGUGUACAUUCUGAACAUUUUCUGAAGUUUCUCCUAAUUCUGAUUUGUGCUUAUAUUUUGACUUUAAAAUUAUUAUAACAAUGGUACUUGCCUCCUUCAGUAUUUGUUAGAUGUGUAAAGAACUGGUAAACGUUAGAAUGAUGGUUUUAUUUUUUUAAUUCUUAAAGUAGGUAGAAUAGUUCUUACCGCACGCAAGUCGUUUUUAAGAUGUGCGUCUUUGAAAUGAAUGGCUCUUAUAGAUACAUCGUAACAAAUUGUACUGCUGUCUUGUCCCAGUCAAAAGCAGUAUUUUCUUCUUAUUAUUUUUAAAAGCUUAAAAACCUUGAAGAUAACUUAGCUCUUGCUUAUAACUUUCCAGCUGAUAGUUUGGAAUUCCUUUUCUAGAUAACUUUUUUGGAACUACUCAGUGAAAUGAGAAAUAAUCACAGUUUUGAAUAGCUAAAUUGUAUCUUUCUAAAGAUAAAAAGCAGGGUUGUUAUUAUUAAAGUGCCACUGAGUGAAUAACUUAGGCACAGCACACGUGGAAACCGAAAUGUGACUUAUGGUACAGGCCCAUGAGUAGAGAAGGAUAUGAUAUGUUGAAGGAAUAUUUCAUUGAAAGGCCACAAUCACAUCCCCAAAUCAAUACUGUCAUUGCUAAUGUGAAUUAUAAUUUUUAUCCUACAUAUAUUGUAGUACAAUUAUAUAAACUGCUGGACGCUGAUACUUCUGACACUCAGGAAGCUAUUAUUGGUGUAAAAUUAAUUUUAUCCUUGUUAGAGAUGAAAGUAAGUUACUUUAUUUUAAGGAAUCUUACCUUACUCUCUUGGAGGAUGUGAGUAAUGGUCUACAUUUUUCUGAGAUGAUUUUUAAAAUUUUUAUUUUAGUGGAAUGCUUCUCUCUUUUUUUCAGAGUUGGAGAAGUCAGCGCUUGCCUUGAAAAGUAUAUUUUCCCCCAAAGUUGUAUCAGAAAGUUAGCUCUGGUCAGAGAGGUUAGUUUUAGAAUGAUCCAGAAAACCAAAUAUUAAUUAUAUUUUAUUUUGUAUAAUAAGGAAUAUCCUCAAAGGGUAGAUAGUUGGGUAUCUAGAGAAGUGAGCACUUACCAUUUGGUAUGUUGUUUUGAGUAAUAGGUGUUUGUUUAUUGUGUAAUUUGUGAAUAAAUAUUUUUUCUGAAUUUUAAA